CCCGGUGCCACCUUCUCUGUGGUGGAAUCUCUCAGAACAGUUGGAGAACUGGCACAGGAACCCGCACCGAAUCCAUGUCGGUGGAAAAGGGGCCAGACAUGUGUACUGCAAGGUACCUGAAGCUGCUCACUCUCUCCACACGGGUCUUGAGUGGGGUGUAGUCCCUCUGCUGCCUCUUCCUGAAGUCCAAAACCAGCUCCUUGGUUUUGCUGACGUUCAGAGAGAGACAGUUAGCCUGGCACCAGUCUCUCCACCUUAUCAAGACAGAGCCAUGUAUUAUUCAAGUAAAAGACGGGAUGGAAUCAGCGCCAUCAUCGACUUCCUGCUGUCCAACGCCCGAUUGGUGCUUGGAGUGGGCGGAGUCGCCGUCCUGGGCAUCGCUACGUUAGCUGUGAAAAAGCUGAUAGAGCGUGCCGGCCGGCCUCCCGAUGACGAAAAUCCUGAUAAAAAGAUGACGGAGAGCUGGGAGGAGCUUAGCCUGGUCAGUUCCUCCCCCAAACUGCUUCAAAAGGGCAUUGAGGGUGUGGUCAUGAAACAGAUUGCUGCAGCCACCAAGAAAGAGGACCUGUCUCAGUCCGCGCCUCAGAGCCAAUCCCAGACUCAGAGGAAUGGAUCAGACCCGGCUCACGCGCGCAAACGGCUAGAUCUCUGCGUGUUAACAUUCUCAGAAAGACUGGAGCAGUAUUACCGGACACGUGUGUGCCUGUCCCCGAGCGAAGUGUCCCGAGCUCAGCAGAGAGCGCUCGACAUUGCUACAGAGAUUCAGGGCUUCCUGCACGCCAAACACCCCGACAUGCCCCUGGGAGAGAUGACCUUAGCGGGGUCGCUGCUCGACGACCUGCAGGUGGUCAAGGCUGAUCACGCCUGCCUGCUCGUACCACUACAGAUGGAGCCCAGUCUGUGGACCCCGAUCGCUGGAGAGGACACGUUUCUCGGCCAUCCUCAGUACUGCAUGUUACGUCGCCAAAACCUCGAGUAUUUCCCGCGUGGGCGGAGCUACUGGGACAGGCACCUCCUAGGCGGCUACCUGUCGUCUCAGCUCGUUGCCGAGCAACUACGCAAAUCGAUCACGGAGUCCAUGAACUGGCCAUCGCUGAGCGGAACCCUGGAGUGCGAGGUGCGCCCGGUGCUCGGGUCUCCCGCGCUGAAGCUGGAGAUCCGAGCUCCGAGCGAAAGUAGAAAUUUCGACGAAGAGCAGCUGUUUAUUAGCAUUCUGCCGACGGUGCGCUUGGGGGACAUGACGCUAACAGCGCAGCCAGAAAUCACCGGAUCGUUUGACUACGUGUGGUACCAGAGUCUCUACACCAGCGAAACGGCUCGACUGGCCAGUCUCGACCAAUCAGACGAGGAGUCGGGUGUUAGGAGAAAGUGCCUCAAAACGCUGAAGGCUGUGUGUCGGAACUGCCCCGCCCUCCACAAGCUGACCGGCGCACAGCUCAGCAACGUCAUCCUGCACAUGAGCGAGAAGGAGUUUGAUUGGUCGGAGUCGGCGUUCGCUGAUCGGUUCCAGCAGGCCAUCGCGGAGCUGAUUGGUUACCUGGAGACAGGUUUCCUUCCCAGUUACUUUAAACCCGCUGUGAAUCUGCUGCAGGGCUUCACCGAGGACGACAUCGAUGAGAUGGGCUUCAUGCUCUACUGCGCCGUGAGCGAGCCCGAGAUACUGCUCAUAUAACGAGUCGCGGUUCUAAUAAACACACACAUACACACAUCUAUCUAUAUAUAUAUAUAUAUAUAUAUAUAUAUAUAUAUAUAUAUAUAUAUAUAUAUAUAUACACACACACACACACACACACACACACACACACACACACUCUUUAGGAUGUACCUCUUUCUUAUAGGUUAAACGUGCGGUUUGUAAUUUUUAUUUAUUCUUUCAGAGAAAAGCUAAAGUCAGCUUUACGCUCCAGUCGUAAAAGCUCGGUGGUGACGUGCUCACUUUAUCGGCGGCUGAUUUAAAGUCGCGUCAGCGUGAGAAAUUACUGAUUAAAUUCUCAGAGUGUGAGCGACACCACGACACCGCGACGCUCAUCUGAAAUCGUCCAAUAGGAGGCCGGCGUAGGAUGACCCCAAACUUACGGUACAGCUACGAUUACGAUAGGAAACGUAAACGAAACGUGGGAUUUAGAAUUGUUGCAGAGGGAGAACGUCUCAUCACAGGCAAAAAAAAAAGAUGGAUGAAGUCCAACUUCUUGUAUCGUUAUUUCAUAAAGAACGCUGUGAAGAACUGGCGUUCAUGUUGUCAUUUAUUUUUUGCGUAUAAAGUGCGGUUUCUUCUUCAGGCAUGACAUCACUGAGCGCUCUGAUAGCGCUGACCGAUCGCAGGUCUGACGUUAGAGGAUCUUCAUCCGUCGUCGUUUGAUCUGACAUGGAGAAUGCGUGCGAUCACACAGUCUGCAAUAAAAUUCAGCCAUGAACGUAUUAGAGAAGUUGUUUUCGUUGCACUUUAUCUAAUAAACAGCUGUAGAGAUUACAAACUGCACCUUUAAAGCAGAGCAGCAGUGCAUUCUCGCUCAGACAGAACCUUAUACAUCAGACGUGUUCAGCGUGUUUCUGCCGCAGACUGAUCCAGCACGAGCGCGUUCUGCCUCACACACCGAGUGUUUGACUGAUACAGGGUCGAAUAAAGCUGCGCGAAUAAACUGAGCUCCAGUUAAUUAUGCAGGGAGUUUAGGCUUUAGUGCUUAAUAAUCUAAUAACACUGAUAUUCCAGACGAUGUGCUCUGGUUGGCACGCAGAUCAUAAAGAUGGCACUUUAGUGAACGCCAAACCAGAACCGUGAGUUUUAUCUUGUUUUCCGCAAAUGCAAUAAAACAAGUCUGCUGUAAAUGACCUCACACUGAUGAGGCUCGUUCUGAUCUGUGUUUCUCAUGAGGUUUGAAAAAUGUGUGUGUUCGAUAAAGUCUUCUCCCUGAACGAAUAAAGCUCGUAAUAAAUCGGGCUGGAAAAUCAUUUAGAAUCAAGUCUCUAUUAAGUGAAUAAAAAGUUAUUUUGAAUAA